GUAUCUAAGACUAUUAUUAUGUCAAGCUCUUUGUUGUUUUGCGCUUCCAUCCUAUUGUUAAUUAUAAUCUUAAAGGAAUCCUCAGCUCAGUGCACUACAUUUCAAUUCACUGUUCAACCUCCGGCAGAGCUUGAUUGCAAUCCAUUUGACACAGUUCCAGGCACUCCAGUAUGGAGAUUAAGAACAAGAUGUACUGCAGAAAGACUUAAUGGAACACAAAGUUUUGAUGUAAACUGGUUUCAUCGUAAAAGAACUGGAGAAAUAGAAAACCUCUCAAGGCCAGAAACAUGGUCAGCAACUUCAAAUAUAGAAGAUGUUUACUUUGGAAAUCAACUAACAAACAGACCAUACACUGAAGACAUGCUGGGAGAGUACUGGUGUCAGGUUGUUGUCCAAAACCAAGUACUGUUAGGAAUGAGUAACGUGUUCACCAUAAAUGAUCCAUAUUCAUAUGAUGUGGAACGCUGUAUAGGAACUAAGUCAGUAUCUGAAACGCUUUGUGCUGACAAUCCUCCACAAGUCUCUGUCUCAUCUUCAGCAUUGGACUUAAAUCCUUCCAGUAGUACUGGUAUAACCUUUUUAACAAUAAGCCCUACACUAAGCCAAGAUGUACCACACUCAUCUUCAGUUACUACUAGUAGUAGUAUGACAUCAAUGUCACUGGCUAGUGUAGAGUCAUCAGAAAUUACUUCAGUGCUAAUAUCACCUAUCUCUGAUAAUUUAGUAUCAACAACUUCUACUAAAACUUUGAAAUCAUCAUCUUCUACAAAUUCUAAUGGAGCCAUGACAUCACCAUUGUCUACUCCAUCUACUACUGUAGCUAUGGUAUCACCAUCUUCUACUGUGAACAACAACAUAUCUACAGGUGCAAUAGUUAUGUCUACUAUCACUAGCAGCACCCCCACUGUAUCAACUGCUACAGCAAAGGAUAAUUCAAUGCUACUAAUAGUGUCUGCAGCAGCUAUUGUGAUGCUGUUACUAAUUAUCAUCCUCCUUGUUGUUAUUAUAGUAUUAAUAAGCACAAAACCAAAGCAAAGACGAGAGGUUCCAGGGAAAUACCAUGAAGACACGCAGAAUGAAUACUUCAAUAGAAUGUCAGUCAGAGAUUCAAGGCGUAACCUACUUACAAGAGAAACAUUGUCUCCUAAAAGCCCACAAAGAUCAACAGUAAAUGAUAAUUUCUCAACAAUUGAUGAAUCGCCCAAUGCCCACAUUUAUGAUGACAUGCUAGAAUGCUCAGCUGAGCCAUCUCCUAAAUUUAUCACACUUUCGAGAUCAUUAAAUCCUCCCCCUCAUCCUUAUGAUGACGUAUCAUUUUCGUAUAGCCACAACACCAGUCCUAUUCCGCCUCCACCUCAAUUUAGAACAAGUUUUGUGUAUGGAAAAAAAUAGAAAAUAAAUUUUUAUCAAGACACAGUGCAUUCAAAUCAAUCAACCCUUUUUAAAUCUGUAACAAUGAACAAAUUAAGAUUAUUUUACAAAAUUGA